UUCCCACAGGGGAGUAAUACAAUAAAGCAGCACUAUAAACUCGCAAGAUAAAACAGAAAAAAAAAGUUUUGAACUUGCUUCUAUAGUUUUUAAUUUGUCGUAUAUUUUCCAUCAAAUGCCUGCAAUUGCUGUGUGAGUCCAUUGCACUUAUUAUGCCGAGUUGCAAAGCGCUUCGAAUUUCUAUUUGCACGAUGCAUGCAGGUACAGAAUUUGUAGAGUUAGGGUUAUGUCGUGCAAAAAGAUUUGCACAAUAAGAACUUUAAACCUGAUUGUACAGUCAGUGCCUGUGCAGGUAUACUGAACAUCUGUGACAGAUAAUGAUUAAUUCAUCUUCGCUCUGAUCUACCACAGAAGAAGCGAACACCCUGUUACUCUGAGACAGGAAAACAGGUUCACAGCAAGUAAUUCUCCAGCGAAACAUACAUGUCAAGUAUGAGGGACCUUGUUUUAAUUCUGCUGCUCUGCUGUCUGACAUCAGGUAGUGAAAGCAAUCCCGUUGAUCGAUAUGGAUUAUAUGGAGAGUCUUUACGCCUGGAUGUUGAAGAAUACGACAACUUGACCUUCAAAAGGUUUCUGUGGCUUUAUGCUGAUAAGAAACGUCUAGUGGAAUAUACUCACGCAUCUGACCUGGCUGAAAAUUACAAACAAGAGAAGUUUGAGUUUGACCAGAAGAAUUUCUCCUUGCUUAUUAAGAACCUGGUGAAUACAGACAGUGGGCUGUAUGAAGCAGAAACAGUUGACUAUGAUGGAAACAUGAUUCGUGUUAUUACUUACAAUCUUACUGUCCAAGCUGCUGUCUCUAAACCUUCUAUAAACCUCACGGAAACUCCACUGGCAAACGAAACCUGCUCCAUCUCUCUGAAUUGUUCUGUGAAGGACGGGGAUGAUGUAUUUAUUCACUGGGAAGAGACUGGAAUCAAGGACACAAAGUCCAUCUCUAAUGGAAGUUUGCUGGAGUACACUCCGGCCCCCAGCGCCGGAGACAAAGAAUCCUUCACUUGCUAUGUAGAGAAUCGAGUCAGUAAGAACUCAACCACCAUUAUGAAGAACAAGCUGACAUGCAAUCGACCAAUGGAAGAUUUAGUCAACACAACAUAUGCUACAGUUGGGGAGAAUUAUGAGUCGAUAACAUCAGACUACGACGUCGUGAAUCCAGGUCGAAUGAUUCAGCCCAUAGAAGACACAACCAUCUAUUCUGCUGUCCAAAAACAAGCAUAAAAAAGCAUUCGUAAAACAGCAAUGAAUAAGAAAUAACGUAACAUGUAACAAAAAAGGGUUAGGGUUAUAGCACGCAAAAACAAAUGUUCUAGGCAUUAAGUACGAUGUAACUUUGCAUUAUAACUUUGUAAUGAUGUGUGAGCACACGUGUAUUUGCUAAGUAACUGCUAUGCAAACACACAGUCAUUAGAGACUCUUUGUUGUCCAUGUUUUAGACCUAUUUUGCAAUUUUGAAGACAUUAUUUCUCAACGUGUCCACGUUGGACGUUUCUCAAAGCAUCCUGGAGGACUUCCGCUCUCUGUGGUCUUUUUAUAGCAGUUUCUGAUAGGAGAUGAAAAGGUAACACUGCUGCUUAUUAAGAUCUAUAUUUACAGUUGCAGAUUUCAAAUCUGCAGUUUAAAAACUGAAAAACUGUUCCAAAGGUCUAAUUAAGCAAAGUUCAAUUAAUGGUCUAGUUAAUUUAUUGAGAGCCCGGUAGGAACUGAGACCAGUGAACUCCCUCAGGACCGGGUUUCAGAACCCCUGGUCCAUCCCGUCCCAUACCUUCUGCGCAAGGAUACUGCACCAAAAAUGAAAACACGGAACCAUAUUCCUUGCGGUUGAUCUUUUUUUUUUACACUGGAAAAGAGCGAGUCAGUCUGCGCAAGAAUAUUUACACAUGAAUCACUUUGAUGGUGACAAAUAAUAAAAAAAAAAAAGGUUUAUUAAAGACUGCUGUAAAAAAUAUAUACUUUUAUUAGAAAACGCAACACCAAUGUUAUUUUAAUUUAAUGUGUAUCUCAUGUUUUCUUAUUAUGUUAUUUACAAUGCAUUUGUAAAUAUCAUUAUAAUGUAGAAAUAUUGCACGUGUCUUUGUGUCAUAAUAAAGAUGUGAGUUUAUCUAAACGAGUACAGAUUAUUAUUAUUAUUUUUUUUUCAAGAUAUAUGUAAAUACCAGAAAAGGCUGUGAGUUUAGAGAUUAGGGUUAGGGGCGCGACGAGGGUGGCUGGUGGUGACGUCAGGCCAAGAAGAAGACAGACAACACCACUGCGAGUGACGCGCUGAUGCGCGAGUUUGAUUAUACAUCAAUACAAAAAUAAAAAUUUUACAAAUUCGAUAACAACCAUUUUUAACAUCUUAUUAAGCCAAGUAAUAGACAAAUUCAUAAGUCGAAACCAGUUCAUCGUUCUUGACAAACGUAUUUGUCAAUCCUGCCUGUCAUGUCCACUUUGAUCACUGAUGGGAAAUGCUCAGAGCGCUCAAACCCCGCACCCCCACAGUUUUAUCUCAGCGGAAACUGCUAGAAAAAAACACAGAAAGGGGAAGUCCUUUCUGUGUUUUCAGAAAUGAGCGCGCUGGAAAUGCUGAUGACAUUUAAAACCCAGAAGUUUAUUUAUAACUAUGCAAAGAAUGUCUCCUUUUAAAAAAAAAUACUGCAAAACAUCUCUUAGCAUUCCCACUGAGUGUCUGUAUUGCUAUUUUUAAUUAUAAGUCAGGAGGAAGGUCAGGCACCAAUCUUUGCGUCACCAAAGUGAAUCAUUCAAUUUACAACAUAGCUAAUUAAGAUUGUUAACCCUAUAAAUACCCUCUUCACUUUCCUCUCAGUU